GGCCCGGCCCCGACCCGCUGUCACGAGCUCCCAGGGCCACAUUCGGAAGGUGUUGCAGCGGCGGGAGGUGCGGGAUGAAGUCGCUGGGCUGGUGCUCGCUGCUGGUUACCUUCACCGUCUUCACAUCGGCGCAGUUUGUGCCGCCGUAUACAGAAAAUUGCAGGAGAGGCAUGUAUCCACCAGCAGGCCCCACGUUUGUGGGAAAUGUUCCUUGGUACAAGAUAAAUCUUGAUUCAGCUCCACGUCAAAGGUGGCAUCAGGUGAUUAAAGAAAGAAAAGUGGAGCUGACCAAUUUGAUCAAGGCAAUCAAGGAAUUGGCACUUGAUUUCUUUCCCAGCGGAAAAUUAAUUGAUCUAGUGGACAAACAUUUGGCUCCACUUGUAGACACUCUUCCUUUUCCAUUUAACGAAGAACUAAAGGGAAUUGCUGAUGUAUCUGGUUUGCCUUUGGGGGAAAUUAUGUUAUUUAAUAUCUUCUAUGAGGUAUUUACAGUGUGCACAUCACUUGUAGCGGAAGAUGAAGCAGGAAAAUUGUAUCAUGCUAGAAAUCUGGAUUUUGGAUUAUUCCUCGGCUGGGACACGAAAAACAGUAGCUGGAAGAUCCCGGAAUAUCUUAGACCACUAACAGUGAAUCUAGAUUUCCAGAGGAACAAUAGAACUGUGUUUAAGUCUACUAAUUUUGCUGGAUAUGUAGGAAUGCUAACUGGCAUGAAACCGGGAACCUUUACGCUCACAAUGAAUGAACGCUUCAGCUUUGAGGGGGGAUACAUUGGCAUCAUUGAAUGGAUCCUGGGUCGGAGGGAUGAAAUCUGGAUGAGCUUCCUCACUCGAUCGGUGUUGGAGAAUGCCACCAGUUACGCACAAGCCAAGGACCAAUUAGCUAACACAGAAAUGUUGGCUCCAGCAUACUUCAUUCUUGGCGGCAACCAGACGGGUGAAGGGUGUGUAAUCACACGUUCAAGGACGUCCUGUCUUGAUAUUUGGGAGCUUGACCUUAAACGUGGCAGAUGGUAUGUGCUGGAAACAAAUUACGACCAUUGGCAGGAGCCGUUGUUCCUGGAUAAUCGUAGAACUCCUGCAAUGAAAUGCAUGAAUCAAACAACACAGGCAAAAAUCUCUGUCGAAACUAUCUAUGAUGUUCUGUCAACAAAACCAGUUCUCAAUAAGUUGACUACAUAUACCACCCUAAUGGACGUGUCUGCAGGAACACUUGAAACUUUUCUACGUAACUGCCCAGACCCAUGUAUGCCAUGGUAGAAAUGUCCACAAGAUUGCAGAAUGAGAUAUAACUACUGAAUAUGUACAGGAAAUAUGAACUGCAGAAAAAAACUUCAAUAACUGCGCUGUUAAUUUGCUGUAGAUAAUGCUAUGGAUAAGACUAAACCUUUGACUUGACCUAAGUUACCAUGAAUGUUUCUUUGUUGUUAUAUUGCCAUUCUUACAAUGAACCUGACUAAUUGCAAUGUAAUUUCUUGUCUUGCUUCUGAUUUAAUAAAGACCUUUGACAUAAUUGACCUGACUUCAUACUUUCUAUCACUCUUCUCUUUAUAUAGGUUUCUCCAGAUUAUUUGUGCUGUCAAUUUUAUUUGCAAUUUCUAGGUUAGUAUCUGUGCAUGAAACCUCCAACCAUAUUGUAGACGAAUAGGACUUGCAGUCCUGUUUGGAAGACAAGGCUGUGAAUACCAGAGGAGCAUUGAGAUGAAGGGUAUUGACAGAAAAUUGAGGUAAUUCCAAUCAGUGAAUUAAAAGUAUUCCAUCCUAAUUUUUUGAUGUAUUAAAGUCGGGUGUGCCAUAUGCUGUGAGGAGGAUGCAAAGAUACUUUGGGGAUGUAGACGGGUUACGUGAAUCAGCAAGGACAUGGCAGAUGGAAGAUAAAGUGGAAAAUAUCAAAUAAUUAAUUUUGACAGAAAAAAUAGAAGAAAUAAGGAUUUUUCACGUGAAAAGAAUGAAAGAUGUUGAUGGUCAGUGGGAUCUAGGUUUCCUUGUACACACAUUAUUCAAAGUUAAAUACAGGUGUGGACGUUAAUAAUGAUUUAAAUAUACCAAAUGGAGUAAGCUGAAACUAAGACAAACUUUAACCUACUAUUAAAUUGCAAGGCCAGCGGAACACAUUAACCUUUGCUUUCAGUACAUUAACAAAGCUAGCAGACUGUUGAUGUUCCUCUUUCUAAUAACAUAAGUGAGAUAACAGCACAAGUUUCACAAAUGUCUCCUCUAUAAUGUAAACAUUGAGAGAGAAUUCAGACUAAGAUUAUGAAGUGUGUCUUAAGUAUAACCUUCCCCUGUCACUCUUCUGUAUAUCUUCUGAUCCUGUCUGUCAAUCUUAAGAAGCAAGAGGUUGAACUAAGCUUUAACGUAUUGCUGAAUCGUCAAUUAUUGGAGUGUAUAUAUGUAAUUCGAUCACUGCCCCUUUGUGUGGGGAUUUCUCUCUGUAGUCUGUUAUCAGCAUACUGUAAAGGUUUGUACCACACCCGCCUGGCGAAAUAAAGAUUACUGCUUAUACUGA